CUUCUAGCCGUCGGGCUCUGGGUCCCUGGAGCCUCCUGCGCCGCCGAGGGGGCGGGCCCUGCAGCCUUUGUUGCCGCAGGCCGGGUCCCGACGCGGGAGCGGCGCGCGGGCCCGGCAUGUCCUGAGCCGGACCGGGACCGGGCAGCGAGCGGACGGGACGGACGAGAGCGCGCGCGCGGGGCCCCCCCUCGGCGCCGCCCGCCCCGGCCAUGCCCGGCCGCCCCAGCCCCGCGCCGCGGCUGCGCCCCCUGCUCCUGCUGCUCUGCGCCGUGGCGCCCGGCGACCCCGGACCCGCACCAGGGAGCGGCGCCGACGGCCGCGCGGCGCUGGACGUGGUGCACCCGGUGCGCGUGGACGCGGGCGGCGCCUUCCUGUCGUACGAGCUGUGGCCGCGCGCGCUGCGCAAGCGGGACGUGUCCGCGCGCCGCGCCGCGCCCGCCUUCUACGAGCUGCAGUACCGCGGGCGCGAGUUGCGCUUCAACCUGACGGCCAACGCGCACCUGCUGGCGCCCGGCUUCGUGAGCGAGACGCGGCGGCGCGGCGGCCUGGGGCGCACGCACAUCCGCGCCCGCGCGCCCGCCUGCCACCUGCUCGGCGAGGUGCAGGACCCCGAGCUGGAGGGCGGCCUGGCGGCCAUCAGCGCCUGCGACGGGCUGACAGGUGUGUUCCGCCUCUCCAACGAGGACUACUUCAUCGAGCCCCUGGAGGGUGUGCCCGCCCGUCCUGGCCACGCCCAGCCCCACGUGGUCUAUAAGCGCCAAGCCCCAGAGAGGGGGGCGGAGCUGAGGGGCUCCAGAGCUCCCGGCACCUGCGGGGUACCAGCGUCCACGGAACCGGAGGCCCGGCGAGAGCGUUGGGAGCAGCGGCAGCAGUGGCGUCGGCAGCGCCCGAGGCGGCUGCAUCAGCGCUCGGUCAGCAGGGAGAAGUGGGUGGAGACCCUGGUGGUCGCCGACACCAAGAUGGUGGAGUACCAUGGGCAGCCGCAGGUCGAGAGCUACGUGCUGACCAUCAUGAACAUGGUGGCCGGCCUGUUUCAUGACCCCAGCAUCGGGAACCCCAUCCACAUUACCAUCGUGCGCCUCGUCCUGCUGGAGGAUGAGGAGGAAGACCUGAAGGUCACGCACCACGCGGACAACACCCUGCGCAGCUUCUGCAAGUGGCAAAAGAGCAUCAACAUGAAGGGGGACGCGCACCCGCUGCACCACGACACCGCCAUCCUGCUCACCAGGAAGGACCUGUGUGCGGCCAUGAACAGGCCCUGUGAGACCCUGGGCCUGUCCCACGUGGCGGGCAUGUGCCAGCCGCACCGCAGCUGCAACAUCAACGAGGACACGGGCCUGCCGCUGGCCUUCACGGUGGCCCACGAGCUCGGACACAGUUUUGGGAUUCAGCACGACGGAAGCGGCAAUGACUGCGAGCCCGUGGGGAAACGGCCUUCCAUCAUGUCUCCACAGCUCCUGUACGACACCGCCCCCCUCACCUGGUCCCGCUGCAGCCGCGAGUACGUCACCAGGUUCCUGGACCGGGGGUGGGGCCUGUGCUUGGACGAUGCUCCCACCAAGGAUGUCAUCGACUUCCCCUCGGUGCCACCCGGGGUCCUCUACGACGUGGGCCACCAGUGCCGCCUCCAGUAUGGGGCCUAUUCGGCCUUCUGUGAGGACAUGGACAAUGUGUGCCACACACUUUGGUGCUCCGUGGGGACCACCUGUCACUCCAAGCUGGAUGCAGCUGUGGACGGCACCAGGUGUGGGGAGAGCAAGUGGUGUCUGAACGGGGAGUGUGUUCCUGUCGGCUUCCGGCCUGAGGCUGUGGACGGCGGCUGGUCGGGCUGGAGCGCCUGGUCCGUCUGCUCGCGGAGCUGUGGUGUGGGCGUGCAGAGUGCUGAACGGCGGUGCACACAGCCUGUGCCCAAGUACAGCGGCAAGUACUGUGUGGGCGAGCGGAAGCGCUUCCGGCUGUGCAACCUGCAGGCCUGCCCCCCCGGCCGCCCCUCGUUCCGCCACGUCCAGUGCAGCCACUUUGACGCCAUGCUCUACAAGGGCCAGCUACACACCUGGGUGCCGGUGCUCAACGACGCCAGCCCCUGUGAGCUGCACUGCCGGCCUUCGAGCGAGUACUUUGCUGAGAAGCUCAGGGACGCUGUGGUGGAUGGCACCCCCUGCCACCAGGGCCGGCCCGGCCACGACCUCUGCAUCAAUGGCAUCUGCAAGAACGUGGGCUGUGACUUCGAGAUUGACUCGGGUGCUGUCGAGGACCGCUGUGGCGUGUGCCACGGCAACGGCUCCACCUGCCACACUGUGAGCGGGACCUUCGAGGAGUCUGAGGGCCUGGGGUACGUGGACGUGGGGCUGAUCCCGGCUGGUGCCCGUGAGAUCCGCAUCGAGGAGGUGGCUGAGGCCGCCAACUUCCUGGCCCUGCGGAGCGAGGACCCUCACAAGUACUUCCUCAACGGGGGCUGGACCAUCCAGUGGGGCGGGGACUACCCGGUGGCGGGCACCACCUUCACGUACGCGCGCACAGGCAACUGGGAGAACCUCACGGCCCCCGGCCCCACCGACGAGCCCAUCUGGAUCCAGCUGCUCUUCCAGGAGAGCAACCCCGGGGUGCGCUACGAGUACACCAUCCACAGGGAGGAGGGUGGCCACGGCCACGGCCACGGCCAGCCGCCCGAGUUUUCCUGGAGCUACGGGCCCUGGAGCCAGUGCACGGUCACCUGUGGCACAGGUAUGCAGAGGCAGACUGUGCACUGUACCGAGCGACAGGUGGGGCCCGUGGACGAGAGACACUGUGACCCCCUGGUCCGGCCUGAUGACCGCCAGAGGCAGUGCAGCGAGGAGCCGUGCCCUGCCCGGUGGUGGGCAGGGGAGUGGCAGGCAUGUUCCCACUCCUGCGGGCCCGCGGGCCUCUCCCGCCGCUCUGUGCUCUGCAUCCGCGGUGUGGGGCCGGAUGAGCAGAGGGCCCUGCAGCCGCCUGCCUGCGAGCACCUCCCCCGGCCCCCUGCCGAAAGUCCUUGUAACCGUGAGGUGCCCUGCCCCGCCACCUGGGCCGUGGGGAACUGGUCUCAGUGCUCGGCUACGUGCGGGGAUGGCGCCCGGCUCCGGAGUGUCCUCUGCACCAACAACACUGGCGUCCCCUGUGACGAGGCGCGGCGGCCGGCCAGCAAGGCUACCUGCUCUCUGCCGCCCUGUCCGCGGACCCUGGACGUGCUGGGCCCCGAAGGCUCGGGCAGCGGCUCCUCCUCCAGCCACGAGUUCCUCAACGAGAUCGACUUCAUCCCCCCGCGCCUGGCCCCACGCCCCCCGCCCCCCUCGUCACCCGAGCCGACCGGCGUGGGCAACGCCAUCGAGGAGGACCCUGGGCUGGGCCCGCCAGGGCCCGUGUUCGUUGACGAUUUCUACUAUGACUACAAUUUCAUUAACUUCCAUGAGGACCUCUCUUACGGGCCCUUGGAGGACCCCGCCCCAGACCUGGCAGGUGCGGGGGACUGGACACCCCCGCCCCUGAGCAGUCCCGCUGAGCCCCCCACAGCCACCCCCCUGCCGGCCUCAGAGCUUCCUGGGACGCCGGGAGGCGGGUCGCCUGCCCCUGGGCCCAGCCAGGCUGGCCUCUCCCCGCCCCCACCCUCAGAGCAGACCCCCGGGGACCCCCUGGUCAAUUUUUUGCCUGAGGAAGACACCCCUGUUGAGGCCCCAGACCCUGGGCUCCCCAGCUUGCCCCGGCCCCCCACUCCAGCCGGUGGCACGGAGAAACCGGCUGCCCCUGGGAGCCAAAACAGGGCCCUGGGAGGGGAAGACAGCCAGAGCUGGACGUCCCCUCCGUGGUGGGAGAGGACCAACGAGCUGUCCGAGGAGGAGGGUACCGGCCCCCCCCAAGGGCCCCACCCCACCCCACCAGCCUCACCCGCCACGGGCCCCAGCCACUCCUCCCCCAGUCCCGACGCAGGAUCGCUGUGGACAGCUGGGACUGUGGCCUGGGAGCCAACUCUGAACGGUGGCCUGGGGCCUGCGGACAGUGAGCUGUGGCCCAGCACUGGGGGGGCUCCUGCCCCUCCUCCUCCGCCGGUCGCUCAGCCAGAGACCCGGGACGGGGACAGCACCCUGGAGCCGGGGCCUCCCACCCCUUGGACCCCGGCAGCACCAGGAGCCUUCCUCCUGCCGGCCCCGGGCCCAGGACUUGUGGGCCCCGAGUCCCCUGGUUCCGUGGUGUUCACACCAGCUCAGGACGGCUCGGCCAAUGGCAGCAUCAUCCCUGAGGCCCAGCCAGACCCCAGCCUGGCCGUGCACCUGCCCCCUGCUGGGAAUGCCAGCUGGGAAGUGGGCAACUGGAGUGAGUGCUCCACCACCUGCGGCCUGGGUGCCAUGUGGAGGCCCGUGCGCUGCAGUUCGGGCCGGGAGGACGACUGUGCCCCCGAGGGCCGGCCCCAGCCCGCCCGCCACUGCCACCUGAGGCCGUGUGCUGCCUGGCAUGCGGGCAACUGGAGUAAGUGCUCCCGCAGCUGUGGCGGAGGGUCCUCGACGCGGGACGUGCAGUGCGUGGACACGCAGGACCUCCGGCCUCUGCGGCCCUUCCACUGCCAGCCGGGGCUGGCCAUGCCACCGGCCCGCCGUCCCUGCGGCGCCCAGCCCUGCCUCAGCUGGUACGUCUCUUCCUGGAGAGAGUGCUCAGAGGCUUGUGGCGGUGGCGAGCAGCGGCGUCUGGUGACCUGCCCGGAGCCGGGCCUCUGCGAGGAGACCCUGAGACCCAACAGCACGCGGUCCUGCAACACCCAGCCCUGUACCAAGUGGGUGGUGGGGCCCUGGGGCCAGUGCUCGGCCCCCUGUGGUGGCGGUGUGCAGAGACGCCUGGUCAGGUGUGUCAACACCCAGACUGGGCUGCCCGAGGAGGACAGUGACCAGUGUGGCCACGAGGCCUGGCCCGAGAGCUCCCGGCCGUGCGGCACCCAAGACUGUGAGCUCGGCGAGGCUCCACGCUGCGAGCGGGAUCGCCUGUCCUUCGGCUUCUGUGAGACCCUCCGCCUCCUGGGCCGCUGCCAGCUGCCUGCCGUCCGCACCCAGUGCUGCCGCUCCUGCCCCCUACCAGGCCACGGGGUCCCCUCCCGCGGCCAUCAGCGUGUCGCCCGCCGCUGACCCACUCCAGCCAGGCCAGGCCGCACGAACAGACCGUCCCAGACGCACGGACCUCAUGCCCCAGUGCGGGCUGCACCCCAAAGGUGCUAACCCGGCCCGCUGACGGCGGGCUAGGGAUCUCUCACCCCAAGAAAGGUAUUUUUUUAACAGUCUGCAGAACGUUAUUAUUGUUAUACAUAAAUGAGCACUAUGGUUUCGA